AUGGAGGAAGUUAAAACUAACACUGAAAUCAGUUCACAGGACUUCUCAGGGUCUAUGAACUCGAAAAUCACGGCUUUAAUCGAUGUUCCGAUUUCAGAUAAGUUAAUUGAUAGUCUUGUAUCUCUUUUUAACUACAUGGACAUAUACGCACCGAAGAUGCCACUGUUAUAUAGUAUAGUUACAAUAUUGCGUUUGUUCCAGCUCAUUGGAUGCUCCAUGAUGGCUGCAAAUAAUGAUGUUUUUGAUCCGACCACUCUCACAUACAAGUCAGUAUCCAUUCUUUCAGUCUUAUUCCAUAUAGUACCAGUUACGUACAGAAGAGGAAACGAGCCUAUCAUACUUCUAUCCUUUAAUUGCAUACUUUUUGCGUUCGGAAUAUAUUUAAUUUUGACAGCUUGCAUUUACAGAGCUACAAGUAAGGUUCCAGAUAUAUCAACAUAUAUACUUAGUGUAUUCAUGGCAAUUGGCCCAUUUUUAAUACUUCCAAUAAUUGCUCAAUAUACCGGCACAUCAAUUGGUGGUUUAAUCAUGAAAAGAUUACACGCUGAUACAAAGUUGAUAACGGCUGUUAUCAUUUCAUGCUGCAUGAUUGCAUUUUAUCUUUGGAUGAUUAUCAAAUCUUACACAUCAACGUUAUCAUUCAGACCAUGUUCAUUCCAAACGUUAGAAGGUAUGCCACAAAUUAAGCUUUUCACAACAACAAUCUUAAUUACCUUCUUUUCUGCAUUCACUACAUAUCUUGAUGAAAUGCCAUCACUCGGAAUGUCCGUAGUAUCAAUAAUACUGUAUGCCUACAAUAUUACUACUGUUUUCAACUGCGGUACAUUCGUAAAGACAGAGCACUAA